AUGCGCAGAGUUCUAGCCUGCGCAAAGUGCAGAAAGCACAAGAUCAAGUGUGUUCACCAUGGUAAGCCGCCAUGCGCCUACUGUGUUAAUAGAGGCGUCGCAGACGAAUGUACGUUGUCAUUUCCAGAGGUCAAGAGUCGUAAAAAGUUUGGCGAGUCUGACGGCCGUGUGUCCAAGGCGCAGGUUCCCAAAAGGGAGACGUCGCCCGUUCCUCCCAUGGACGCCAUAUUUACCGCUGGUAUACGUCCUGCACUCGACCCCAAAACGCGAAUCCAGUCACUGAAGAACAACGUCCACGUAUCUGCGCAGGAGUCCAUCCAUGACCUGGUGCCGCUAGUGCCCUCAGAGAUUGUACGACGGGCAGUCAUUCGUACUGUCAAGGCGUUUCCAGAGCUGAACUUUUUCCACCUGCCCACUGUUCUGCAGAGCGUUGGGAAAUUGCAUCCUCUGUUGGUUGGCGCAGUGCUUGCCCACGCCGCCUUUUUUGACCCCAUCAGCGAGUUAAAUGAUGGCGACCGCCAUGACAAGUGGCUAGGCGCGGAGUCCUUCCUUGUAACUAACUACAUCUAUGAAAAGUUGACACUUGAAGCAAUUUUCAAUGACUACACCUUUCUCCUGCGCCCUGAUCUAGACAUCGCGCGUGCGCUUUUACUUCUGAGUGUUGUUAAGUGGGGCCACAGCGAAUACUACGCGUCGUGGAUGCUGCACGGAUGUGCAGUACGAAUGGUUCAAUCGCUUGACUUUGACGAAGCCUUCAACUCCAGAGCGAGACAAUCCAUAGUUCUGGAAAAGAUGAAAGAAAGGACCUUUUGGUGUGCCUUUGCUCUCGAUAGAAUCAUCUCAACUGGCCAAAAUAGAAUAUUUGUCAUCACGCAGUUCAAGGAUAUACCUUUUCCCACAGCAGACCAUGAUUUUUCAAUGCUCACUGUGGGCCAGCCCAAUGAUAACAAUAUCAUAGAGGAUGUUGAAAAAAUGGGCCAUAAAUUUACUCCAAAUAGUUUUCUGGAUACCUGCGAAAAGUAUCCUCAACUAAUCAGAGAGUGUCCGUUUACUGCGUUUCUGAUGCAGUACGCAAUUUGGGGUGAGAUAAAUAAUAGGUUUAUGAAGGGAAAUAAGGAACUUGCUCGUUCUGAGCGUCCAUGGGACCCAGAUUCUGGAUUGUACAAAAUUGCACGCAAUCUAGAAAAAUUUUGGGCUGUAAUCCCCAAUGAUUGGAAGUGGACGACAGAAUCAUUCGAAACAAGCAAUCUCAUAUUCAAAAAAGAUACUAUGUUGCUGGUCAUCAAUUGCCUCUACUAUCUUUCCAUUAUGCUCAUGCACCGUGAAUUCCUUCCUUUCUUACCAUACGACAUCGAAAAACCUAUGGGGCCUUCAGAUUCCCAGAGGCUGACAUCACCGCCAUCAGAAGACUACUGGGUCGAAUCUGCAAGAACUUACUUCCAGGCAACUAGAAAUCUAGGUUCUCUUUUGGAUGCUAUGUUAUAUGAUGCUCAGAAAUCUCCACCCAAAAAAGAGCUCUUGAAUGCUGCUCUGGUGACACCUUUUUACUCAUUCGCAGCAUUCGCUUGCGCCAUUGCUGCAAGCUACGGCUGGAACUAUUAUUGGAUGGAUCCUGACCAUGAAAAAUAUAGCAACAAUAUCAAUAACCCAAGAUGCCUGCAAAAAUGCUACUCUCGAAUGGUCGAGCUUUUGAAAGCGAAAGAAGACAGCUGUAGCGUUACCAAGAAUUGGCUGAGCAUUUCAAUCAAGUUUCAAGAAAUCAAUAAAUUUGUGGCGGAAAAUAGAGAACGUGCCAAGCAGCUGGACUGGGGUAAGCCAAAUUUGAAAGACCUAAAGCAUUCACUAGACAACUUGAACACUGAUCUUAAAAACAUCGAAAAAUCUUUCCCAUUGUUACCACCUCCUUUUCCCCAUCAACAAAACACGAAUUCGAAAAUGGAUAAUAUUUUCGCGCCUUCAAACGUCGAACAUUAUCAGUAUUCCCAGAGUCUUUACCCCAUCGGCCCCAACACCACAUCUUACCAACAAAUGUCAUUUAUGCCUCCUCAUUCUAGUUUCGUGCCGGCCAGUUAUCCUCAAAACGCUCAACAUUCUCACUCGAGUCAUGGAUCCUCGCAUAACAUCCCAUCACCCAGUAAUGGCAAUUUUUCAAGCCAAUCUACUCAGGCUUCUUUCUCACGACAAUCAAAUUUACCAUCAAAUCCAUCAUCUUCUCAUCAGCCUCCAUAUGCUCAGUACCACGCGGGAUCUCAACCCUUAUUAUAUCCUUCAUCAAUAUCCCAAAGCAGCAAUGGUGACAUAGGUUUGGAUUUGGAGACGGACAAGCUCAAUUUAUUCUUCAAUGAUCAGGAAUUGGAUCUACUACUACAGUUCAAGGGUUGA